AUGUUGCAGCAUAGUCUGCGAUUGACGCUGUUCACACACGAUACAUGCUCGCUCUGCAUGGACGCCAAAGCCGUGAUGAGCAAAGUCUGGGAUCGAAGACAUUUCGAAUAUACCGAAGUCAACAUCAAAGCACCGGAUCAAACCAAGUGGAAGCAUCUAUAUGAGUUUGACAUACCUGUGGUCCAUGUCGAUCGAACAGCAACGCUCGCGUCAACACAAGGACAAACCACAGCAGCAGCAGCCAAGCUCAAGCAUCGCUUCAACGAAGCGGAGCUUGAGAAGGCCAUGGAUGAAGUCGAGAAGGCAUGA